AUCGCGAGGCUAGGGUUAGGGUAAAUUAACGUAAAGAUUGAAUCUCGCGAUAAUUUUGCAAAACGUCCCACCGGUGGAUCUAAUCUAGCACCAGUCCUGCUAAAGGCCUCCAGGAUGGCGGGCAGACGGGCUCUGAAGGCCGUGCUCAUCGACCUGAGUGGAACUCUACAUAUAGAAGAUACAGCAGUGCCAGGGGCGCAGGACGCCCUAAACAGGUUACGGCAGUCGUCUGUAGCUGUGAAGUUUGUGACCAACACAACAAAGGAGAGUAAGAGGAACUUACUUGAACGACUGCAACGUCUCAACUUUGACCUCCAGGAAAAAGAGAUCUUUACGUCUCUGAGUGCAGCGAGGAGUCUGAUAGAGCAGAAGAAACACAGACCGCUGCUGCUGGUGGAGGACAGCGCACUGGAGGACUUCACUGGAAUUGACACGUCUGAACCGAACGCUGUCGUCAUCGGACUUGCUCCUGAUCACUUCAACUACCAAACUCUCAACAAGGCUUUCAGAAUGAUUCUGGACGGUGCUCCUCUCAUUGCCAUCCAUAAGGCUCGGUACUAUAAACGGAAGGACGGUUUGGCCCUCGGCCCCGGGCCCUUUGUAACAGGACUGGAGUACGCUGCAGACUGUAAAGCUACUGUGGUGGGAAAGCCUGAAAAGACGUUUUUCACACAGGCUCUUGCUGAUUUAGGAUGUAGCCCCAAUGAAGCUGUAAUGAUAGGAGAUGACACCAGAGACGAUGUGGGAGGAGCUCAGAACACAGGAAUGUUGGGUAUUCUGGUCAGAACUGGUAAAUACAGAGAAGGAGAUGAGAAUAAAAUCAACCCUCCUCCCCACAUGACAUGUGACAGCUUCCCAGAUGCUGUCGAACACAUCCUGAAGAACCUGCUAUAAGAAAGAAGGAACAACAGAAUUCUUCACAUUCACUCCCUCUUCAUCUUGCACUAGAAUAAACUCUGGAAUCAUCAACGCUCACCGUUAACCGUCCCAAAACAGAAGAUAAACAAAAAUGUCCAUUUGAUUGUGGGACUGCUUUCUCUCUUCAGGUCCAGAAUGUUGAAAAGCGAAGCUUUCAUUUCAGAAAUACCGACCAUCUGUUGCCACAGUAACAAAUGUUUUGUCAAGAUAUUGUCAUGUAUAAAUUUAAGUUUGAAUAAAAAAAUAUUCAGCUGGUA